CCCGAAAUGCCCCCGCUCUUUCUAUAAAUAGCCGAUCCCAAGUCUACCCUUAACCUUCCACUCUCUCGUUUCUAAUCUCAUCGCGUGGUUCCAAUCACAGCUAAGUUCUCGUCUUUUCCUCUCUUUUUCGUUCUGAUUUCGUGCUGUUUGGUUGAAAUUCUGAGCCCUGUGAAUAAAGAUCCAGUCUUUUUUUGGUGAAAUCUGGUCGUUAGGUAAAAAACUUCCCGAUUUAGAUUGAAACCCAUUUGUAAAUUUAUCCUUUAAAGCUAAUUUCAGUGAAAUUUGGCUCAAUUGUAGUGGUGGAAUUCGAAUUAAGUUGAAAAUCCAAGUAAAAAUCCCAGCUUUUAGGGGUUACUGUUCAAAAAUCUCAAAUUUAGGGUUUCUUUAACACGCAUUCCGUUUAUUCCCCAGUCUUUCAUUUUUAAGCCAUCGCCAUUGCCAAUUCCGGCUAAUUUCUAUAGGCUUCCAUCAAAUCAAGUGAAAAUCAAGAAACCUCUCUUUUGUGUUCGAUCGAAAGUUUGUUUCGUUUGAUUAGUCCAAAGCUCCCUGUUCAUAAUAUCAAUGGUUUGUCGCCCUGUGUCAUAUAGAGUCAAUCUCUAACCCUCUCUAUGAACUUCUAUCAUUUCCUCCGUCGUCCGAUCCUUCAAUCCUUCUCUGUUCUCUUCCUCCACUACUUCUAUGUUAUCUCAUGAACUAAUUCUCCAAUCCCUUUGAAGUUUUGAACUUUUAGCCUUCAAUCAAUCCCGAAACCAUCAAAUUUUAGAACAUUACAUAGAUUUCAAUGUCGAGCUCUGAAGAGGUCGCAAUCGAUCAGAGGAAGAGGAAGAGGAUGAUAUCGAACAGGGAAUCCGCCAGGAGAUCGAGAAUGAAGAAGCAGCAGAGAUUAGAUGAUCUCAUGAACCAAGUUGCACAUUUGAAGAAUGAGAACAGUCAAAUCUUGAUGCAGAUCAAUCUGAUAACUCAGCAGUUUCUUCUGCUUGACGGGGAUAACACUGUGUUGAGGACCCAAGUGAUGGAAUUGACUGAGAGGCUCAGGUCUUUGAACUCGGUGCUUCUGUUCGUUGAGGAGUUUAGCGGGUUGGCGAUGGACAUACCGGAGAUACCUGACCCGUUACUGAAGCCAUGGCAGCUCCCUUGCCCUGCGCAGCCGAUCAUGGCGUCUGCGAACAUGUUUCAGUUCUGAGUUGUUGAUGUAGAAGUUUCCCUGUUGUUAUGCGAGUUAUCUUUACGUUGUUUAUGUAAUUUGCGUGUUUCUUCUAGUUACUUUGUGAUAUAAGACUCUUUGGAUGGAAUCGAGUUGUUUAGGGUUGCAUCAGUUUCUGUGGUGAGUUUGAAUGAUGGGUUGGGUUAUGUUUGCAUGAAUGUUAUACGCUCUUUUGAAA